CCACCAUGCCUGGCUAAUUUUUUAUUUUGUAGAGAUUAGGUUUUACUAUGUUGCCCAGGCUGGUCUCGAAUUCCUAGCCUCAGGCUAUCCUCCUUCCUUAUCUUCCCAAAGUGCUGGGAUUACAGGUGUGAGCCACAGUGCCUGGUGAUAGAGAAUCUUGAAGGCAACCUAAGAAAAUGACACGUUGUUAUGUGCAGGAGAACAAAGAAGACUUUUUGUCAGAAACUAUAUAAAUUAGGGGAUAAUGAACAUUUUUAAAGUACUAAAUGAAGAAGAACUGUUAAUAUAUAAUUCUAUAUCUAGCAAAAUAUCCUUCAAAAAUGCUAAAAUGACCUUUUUCGUGUCCUCGUUUCCAAGAUGACAAAGAAAAGAAGGAACAAUGGUCGUGCCAAAAAGGGCCGUGGCCACGUGCAGCCUAUUCACUGCACGUACUGCGCCCGAUGCGUGCCUAAAGACAAGGCCAUAAAGAAGUUUGUCAUUCGGAACAUAGUGGAGGCUGGAGCUGUCAGGGACAUAUCUGAAGCGAGUGUCUUUGAUGCCUAUGUGCUUCCCAAGCUGUAUGUGAAGCUACAUUACUGUGUGAGUUGUGCCAUUCACAGCAAGGUAGUCAGAAAUCCUUCUCGGGAAGCCCGCAAGAACCGAACACCUCCACCCAGAUUUAGACCUGCGGGUGCUGCCCCAAGACCUCCACCAAAGCCUAUGUAAGGAGUUGAGUCUUUGAGGACUGAAGAAAAACUAUCUGUUGGAAAAACAUAAAAUGGAGAUUAUACUUAAAAAAAAAUGCUAAAAUGAAAACCUUUUCAGGAGAAUAAAGCCAGAGAAUAAUAUGUUAUAAACUAGCUGACCUGUACUACAAGAAAUGUCUUCAGAUAAAAGGAAAAUUGGGUCAAGUGGAAACUUUGAUCUAGAUAAAGUGAUGAAGAAUGCAAGAAAUGAUAAAUAUGUAAGUGUGAAAUACCACUUUUCCUAAUUUUAAAAUACUUUAAAAAAGAGAAUUGACUGUUUAAAGCAAAAGUCACAGUGUAUUAUGAAUUUCACAACACUGUGAAGAAAUAAAACGUAUGACAACUGUAGUGCUAAGGAUGAAAGCAGGGACAUAGCAGUAUGUAUAGCGUUGUAAGGGUGUAAAAAGUAUUCACAUUGUAUGUGAAAUGGGAGAAUUUUAUUUGAUGGCAGACUGUUGAAUUAAAGAUGUGUUUUGGCCGGGCCUGGUGGCUCAUGCCUAUAAUCCUAGCACUCUGGGAGGCCGAUGUG